CACUUAGCCCAAUGUUUGCUUCUAUAUUAGGCUUUUUUAUUGGGGUUUUAACUGCAGAAAUUAUAGGCGGCAGGACAUUGAGGUAUAGGAAGGUCUCAGGGUAUUGUGUCAUGAAAACCAUUUGAUUUUGUCUGUGUGUGUGUCUUUAAGUAUACAGUGAGAUUAUAAACUAACCAAUUUUCAUUCAUACUUGAGUCUUUCUACCCAUUUUCGUCACGCAAAAGGGUAAACAAUACGGAUUAUGUUCAGGUCGGAAGACAGUGACCUAGAUUACCUCCCAUCAUGGUGUUAACCAGACUAAACAAUCGGCAGAAGCUGGAGGAAGGGGUGUUCGUGCAUCCCUUGACCAGACGGACAUUUGUUUGUUCCGAUGUACAAAUCCAGACCCCUGACAGCUGUCUGUGUCCUUGAAAACGACAGUCAAGCAACUUGGCAUAUCAGGCUCGGGAAAUGAGUCACAGGGAACGCCCUCAAGGGGCACUGCCUGAGGUUCAUAUGCCCAGGCCGCCAGGAAAACCAGCUGGGAUGAUCCCGAUGCCAAAGGAACCAGCAAAAUGGAGGUGCAGGCAAACCUACCCCGGGUUCCCCUAAAUCGCGAGUCCCACUUAGUGAGGGAAAGCCAGGGCGGAAAAGGAGGAUCUUCGGGGAAAAAAAAACAAAAACAAAAACAAAGCUAAGGGCUGGAGAAAGAGGUACCCGGGCCCAGGCCACGUGCUCGGCGCUUUCGGGAUCCUUGGAGCAAAACAAACUGGCGUGGCCACGCCCAGCGUAGUCACGUGGCCCCGGGAGCGCCGGUUCCGGUGAAGGCGGUGGAUCCUUCCUGCGUGGAGGCAGCAGAUCCCAGAGGUUCCUCUGACCCGGUACUAGCUCCAUCCUUGGCGCAGUAACCAUGGCAACGGGCUACGAGGGGAGCGCGUCCGGGACCCCCGCCCGGAUAGCUGUCGGGGAGGAAGGCGAGCGAGUCAAACCUUUCACGCCAGAGAAAGCGAAAGAAAUUAUAAUGUCUCUCCAGCAGCCUGCCGUCUUCUGUAACAUGGUGUUUGAUUGGCCAGCACAGCACUGGACCGCGAAACACCUUUCCGAGGUCCUGCAGGCCAAGCUGAUACGAUUCCGAAUGGGCCUGAGAAGCACGAAUACAGUUCCUCAGUUUGAAACUGCUUGUAGUUACGUGGACGCCACCCUUGAGGAGUUUCUGACCUGGAACUGUGACCAGUCUAGUGUCCCUGGACCAUUUAAAGAUUAUGACCAUUCCAAAUUCUGGGCCUAUGCUGACUAUAAAUAUUUUGUCAAUCUGUUUGGAGACAAGACAGAUGUUUUCCGGGAGGUGAUGUGGUCUGACUUUGGGUUUCCUGGAAGAAAUGGACAGGAGAGUACACUGUGGAUUGGCUCCCAAGGAGCCCAUACUCCCUGCCAUCUGGACUCCUAUGGUUGCAACUUAGUACUCCAGGUACAAGGAAGGAAAAGAUGGCAUCUCUUUCCUCCUGAAGAUACGCCUUUCCUUUAUCCAACCAGAAUCCCUUACGAAGAGUCCAGUGUGUUCAGUAAAAUCAAUGUUGUCAACCCUGAUUUAAAGCAUUUCCCUCAGUUCCAGAAAGCUCGGAGACACACGGUCACGCUGAGCCCAGGACAGGUUCUGUUUGUCCCCAGACACUGGUGGCAUUACGUGGAAUCCAUCGACGCUGUCACCCUCAGUAUAAACUCCUGGAUCGAGCUGGAAGAGGACCACCUUGCCCGGGUGGAAGAGGCAAUCACCCGCAUGCUCGUGUGUGCCCUGAAGACGGCAGAGGAUCCACACCACCCUAGAGCCUGGCUGAACCCCACUGAGGUUGAAGAAAUCUCUCAUGAAGUCAACUGCUGCUACUUAAAUGGUACUGUUCGUGCUUUUUUUGAUCAUCGUGGAAAAGCUGAAGACGUAGAAAUGCAAGCACUGCAAGCAAACGGGGAGACCUGGAGCAAGGACGAGCCACGCAUGCGGGAGCACAUGGACGUUGACCGAGCACACAGCCAGGGCUUCGCGGGAGGACUGGGAAAACUGGAGGUCGCGCAUCUGUUUGGCCCAGAUCUGGUCCCUGUGACACCAGCAUCUGAAGACCCGCCUUCGGAGAGAGGAGGCACACUGCAGAGUGACAGCAGAGAACGCGUCAACAGAGACGGAGCACGCUUUGCAGAACUGUCCUGUGCCAGGAGGCAACAGGCUAGUAGAGGGGCAGGAGCGGUGGCCGAGCAGGUCACCUCCAGGUGUCCUGUGGCCCCUUCUCGAACAUUCGUGUCCACAGAUGACUUGCUGGACUGCUUGGUGAAUCCACAAGUCACCAGGAUGGUGGCCCAGCUUUUGAUACAAGGGAAAAGUUUGUGAUUCUAAUAGAUUUCUUUUAAUAAAAUUUUAAACAUAUUUCUAGAA